AUGGAUCCAUCCUAUAGAGACAAGAAGAUCAUCGAGUUGACCGAUGACGAGCUCACUCAGCUUGGGUACCGGGGCGAAAAUGUUCCCCCGGAUCUGAAGCAUAUCGUCGACAUGGCGAAGGAACAUCCUACGUACAUGGGCUUCGUGACCUGCUCCAUGGCCGACUUGUUCAAAUCCGAGAGGCGAUAUCGAUCCUCUUCUCCUCCCACUCCUCCCGCUCCUCCGAUGGAGAAACUCUACUCGGAAUUGAUCAACGACCCGGACGCUCGCACCGUCCUUCCCCCUGACCUUCUCUCCAAGUACGAGAAGGCCAUGUGGUAUCAUGGCCUUUCCAGCAGUCCUCCCCAGCUCUUAUAUCGCUCCGAUUUGGAGGGAAACCCCUUCCCCAUCCCCCCGCCUGGCACCGCCUUUGAGAAAGUCCCGUACAAGAUUGCUCAUGGCGUGUUUGAUACGCCGUUGAAUCGUGUAUGGGGGUCGGUUGCUCCACAGAUCAUCGGGUUGUUGAAGGAUCGGGGUGUCAAGGUCACGACGCUGAACGUAGCUCGGUUCGAGACUGUCGAGACCAUCGAGACCGCCAUUGAAGACGGCGAGGGCGGCGAGACCACCGAGGGCGACGAGCGAGGAGAGGGAGGCGCAGAGGGGAUUCUUGAAGGCCGUCGUGGUCGUCUCGGCCCUCCCGUUGUCUGGAUCGCGGUUAAACCCGACACGACUGACGCUAGAGGCGUGCGCGAUGCUACAACCGACAUUCUGCGUAUUCUCGCUGAUGCGCAGGUUACGGAUGUUGUGGUUGAGUGGUAUGAGGCGGAGAUUAUGCGCUUGGUCGAUCUGCCCCGGGGGGCUCGAGGUUGA